AUGCCUUUCGGGGGGUUAGCAGGGCUGAAGGAGCAGAUUCUGAAACCAGGGAAGGAGGAGGUGAAGAAUAUAGUAGGAGACGGCCUGGGGAACCUGCAGAGGAAAAUCGAUGGCACCAAUGCGGACGAGGAGGACCAGAUGGAGCUGACAGAGGACGCGGAACAGGUGACCCCUCGCCACAGUGCCCCUCUGUUUGAUUGCGGGUGCUGCGGCCUGCCCAAGCGCUACAUCAUCGCCAUCCUCAGUGGACUGGGUUUCUGCAUCUCCUUUGGCAUCCGCUGCAACCUGGGGGUGGCCAUCGUGGAGAUGGUCAACAACAACACGGUCUACAUCAAUGGGACACCUGUACUCCAGCCAGCUCAAUUCAACUGGGACCCAGAGACCGUGGGACUGAUCCAUGGCUCCUUCUUCUGGGGUUACAUCGUCACACAGAUCCCUGGAGGCUUCAUCUCCAACAAGCUGGCCGCCAACAGAGUGUUUGGGGCGGCCAUUUUCCUCACGUCCAUACUCAAUAUGUUCAUCCCGUCAGCAGCCAAGAGGCACUACGGCUGUGUCAUGUUAGUCCGCAUCCUACAAGGCUUGGUGGAGGGUGUUACCUACCCAGCAUGCCAUGGGAUGUGGGCCAAAUGGGCUCCUCCCCUAGAGAGAAGUCGUCUGGCCACCACCUCAUUCUGUGGUUCAUAUGCAGGUGCUGUGAUUGCCAUGCCUUUAGCAGGAGUACUGGUUCAGUUCGUUGGAUGGCCCUCAGUCUUCUAUAUCUAUGGUGUAUUUGGGAUCAUAUGGUACAUCUUCUGGCUCCUGCUUGCCUAUGGGAGACCAGCUGCCCACCCCACUAUAAGCAAUGAGGAGAGGAUCUACAUAGAGACCACCAUUGGCGAGGGGGUCAAAAUAUUGAGCGCCACUGAGAAAUUCAAGACUCCAUGGCGCCGUUUCUUCACCUCCAUGCCUGUCUAUGCCAUCAUCGUGGCUAACUUCUGCCGUAGCUGGACCUUCUAUCUGCUCCUGAUCAGCCAGCCGGCCUAUUUCGAGGAGGUGUUCGGCUUCUCUAUCGGCAAGGUGGGGCUCCUGUCUGCUGUUCCUCACAUGGUGAUGACCAUCGUAGUGCCAAUCGGUGGCCAGCUGGCCGACUUCCUACGCAGUCGUAAAAUCAUGUCAACUACAAACGUCCGGAAAAUCAUGAACUGCGGAGGUUUUGGUAUGGAAGCCACUCUGCUGCUGGUGGUGGGGUUCAGUCACACACGUGGUGUUGCCAUCUCCUUCCUGGUGUUGGCUGUGGGCUUCAGUGGCUUUGCCAUCUCAGGGUUCAACGUAAACCACUUGGACAUUGCCCCUCGCUAUGCCAGUAUCCUAAUGGGCAUCUCCAAUGGCGUUGGCACACUGUCUGGAAUGGUGUGCCCCCUUAUCGUUGGAGCACUGACUAAACACAAGACCCGUCUGGAGUGGCAAAACGUGUUUGUGAUUGCCGCCAUGGUGCACUACACGGGGGUCAUCUUCUAUGCUAUCUUUGCCUCGGGCGACAAGCAGGACUGGGCCGACCCGGAGAGCACCAGCGACGAUAAGAUCGGCAUCAUCGACAAAGACGAGCUGGCCGAAGAGACGGAGCUCAACAGCGAGAUUGCCAUGGCACCCAAGAAGAGCUAUGGAACCACAGAGAACCUGUCGGGCUGGAAGAAGAAGAAAGGAGUCACCAUGCAGCAGGAUGAGGAUGAUGGGAACUCCCACCAUGGUAAUGGGAACUACCAGGAGCAGUAUCAGUGA